AUGGAUCUCACGCUUGUGCUGCACGAGACGACGCCGCUGGACGUCGCGGCCAUCGUUGACAGCGACGUCAACUUACGCGGUGACGCGCUCGCCGUCACGGACGGGUCGGUCCUCGUUGUCUACGCCAACGUGAGCACAAAGCUCGAGCGCCGCCUCACGCUACCUGCUGCCGACGGCGAGCGCUUCCUUCGGCUCCUGUAUAUCGAAUGGAUCAACGCGUUUUUGGUCUUGAGUCAGAAAGGCUCGUCGAUUUAUCGCAAAUUUCUAAGUGCGAACGCCAACACCCUCGACGAUGCCACGCUUCUCUGCGCCGACGGCGACGUGCUCGACUGCGUCAUCAACAGCGUCCGCCACGAAGUGCUCUCGGCCGAUACGCACGGUGGCCUCAAGGUAUGGUCGGCGCGCCUGCGCCCACCGACGGCGAGUCAUCCGAGUCUCCGGCGCGACACUGUCAAGUGCCCCCAGCGACUGCACAUCCAAGAUACCAAGAGUACCGUGUGGCACCGGGUCUGCGUCGACGAUGACAAUCAGCGUAUUUUCGCAGCGUCGGCCCGGAGCAUUCGUAUGUUUGACGCUGUUUCCGGCCAUGUUAUCUGGCGACUGCCCAAGGCCGCCGAGGAUCGAAGCGUACGCUUCUUAGUGUACGUGCCACCGACGCAGCAUCUGCUUGUGUACGCGGACGAGACGGCGCGCUUUGAUGUGUGGGUCGUCCACGACACAGCCAAAGGCACCUCUCUUGUGGAAGACACACCGCUGACCGUCUGUGCCAACGUUGUUGCGCUACAGCUGACGACCGUCGUCGAGAGUCCGUCGAGGACGCGCUUGGACGGGGCCUUUGUCACCAAGCCAGGGUUUGGGAGCCUUGUUGUCACCGAUCGCGCAGGGCAUGUGUCGCUCUUCCAAAUCGAAGCGACUGGGUAUAGCUUGAGCGUCGCCAGCUUUUACGUGCCACCCCUUGGCCUCCCUACGUCAUCACUGACGAUGCGUUCGACCACUGACACGGCACCCGCCUGGACGGGAAUUCACUGCAAUUUUCACUUUGCCGCGCGGAAUUACAUCAGUCUCCUGCAUGCGAAUGGGACACUCGCGCAGCUCGAAGUCCUCGCGCCGUCGUCGACCUCGCGUCUUCUCACGUCGUCGACGCGCCUGUACAACCUGCGGGAUUUCGGGUUUACGAAAGCGACGCGGGGCGCGGCCUUGCGCCGAGGCUACGUGCUCUUUGGCAAUGCGUUCGUGCAGGUGUUUGAGGAUGCGUGCCUUGCCGUCUCAGCCCUCGCAACCGACCGCAACGACGGCGCUGAGAUCCAAGACGGCUCGAACCCGAUCAUUACGUUUCUCGACUAUGCACCUGUCCUCGCCAAGUGCGUCGUCGGCUGGUCGGACGGCGCCAUCGACCUCUUUACGAUCACCGGCACGCGCUGGAAGCUUUUGAAGCGUCCGUCGGGUGUGAUUGCCGACUGUGUCUGUGCGUUUGCUUGCGCGACCAACAAUACCGCUGACAGCGAGAGCUUUCUCUUUACUGCGGGCGAUGCCGAUGGGAGCCUCGAUACGUGGCAGCUCCACGACCACGUCGCGACGUACCUCGGGCCCAUGGCGGCCCACACCGACAGCGUGCUCGCGAUUUUGAGUCCUCUUGCGUCGGCCAAACCGCCGGGGGGGACGCCGCCGAGCACGAUGGUGACUGUCUCGUGCGACGGCAACGUCAAGCAGUGGGACUUUCUGGACCGAAAAUGGCUGCUCGUGGGCUGCUUCCGGACGCUCUCCAACCACUUGACCGUCGCGCGCGGCCUUGAAAUGAACUACAUUUGCGCGGGGUCGGACGAAGGCAGCGUCGAAGUGUGGAAGCUCCCACUGGCCACGCCGCUGCACUUUGGUACGUCCAAGAAGGCGGUGGCGCAUGUCGCCCACGCCCAUGCGCGACCGAUCGCGGACAUCAACGUGUACCAAAUCAUCGGCGCGACCCCCGACCUUGACUUUACACUGUUGGCCACGUCGGCCAAAGACGGCUCGAUUCUCUUUUGGCUCUUUGGCACGUCGCUCGACGGUGCGUCCUUGCUGUCGUUUCAAAGCAUCGCGACGAGCCACCCCGUGUGCGGCACCUUCUUCUCGGCCACCGCCACACCCGGCUCUAUUACGUUUGUCGGAUGCUUUCCGCACAGCCUCGACAAGCUCUGCGUCAUGCCAGCUUCGAAAAAAGCGCUCGUGGCGCUCGCCCUCGACUCGUCUGCGCCAACAAGCGUCGUCGCGCCCUCGUCGCCACCUCGCCCCCCGCCCUUGCCCUCAAUCCCGGACGUGCCCGACACGGACAAAGACUAUUUUGUGCACGUGGAAAUGACGGCGCCCAUCAUCGAGCUGCAUAUGGACGUCGAAGAGAAGCCCCGGUCGACGACGCGUCACACCCUCGUCGACACGGUCUCUUCGAACCUCGCGUCAUCCGACAUGUAUGGCCUCUCGGCCAAGGACGACAGUGACGACGACGACGAUGUGAAUGCACCGCCGAUGAUUUUUCCGCCAUCACGCGCCAAGACCAAGGCCAAAAAGCACACCCCGUGGCUGCCCCCCGCGCUCGCCCGCGGCGCCCCCCGCACCUAUAAGACCAAGCCACCGCCGUUGGAAGCAACACCCAAGCGAUUAAAUGUCGUGUCGGCCUACGGCGUUUCAAGCCAACACUGCGAUAGUCUAAGCAUGCACUACCCCACGUACAAGCUCGACACGGCGGCGCGACCUCGCAAAGCAGCAAUCCAAAAUCAGCUGCCAAUGCCACUGAUGACGUUAUUGGAACACAAAGAAGCAUUGCCCCCCGAGGUACACAUUGUCGAUGUGGCUGUGCGGCCCGCCACGAUCGAGAACGGCCCGGCGUUCUGGCUCCAAGUGCAGACUAAAGCCGCUGCACGGCGGCGCACGGCGCUCAUUCCUUCGGCGCCCCUUGCAUCACUUGUGGCGGCCCCCCAGCCCUUCUCGAUUGAGAUGCUCGAGCUGCCAUGGGUCGACCUCUCGUCGUCGCAGCAAAUGGUCGAGUUGCAGUGCAGUGUCUUGUGUCUUGCCGUGCUGCACGCCGCCGAGGUGGACUGUGUCGAUUUGCCGACAGCGCCCCUCGAUGGGGACCUCUCAGCGACCGACCGCGCGGUCUGGAACCGGUACACAUUGUGGUACCUCCACAAAUCGAAUGCGCGAAAACUGUUUUUGAAACAAGAGCUCUUGUACGUGCUCUCCCAUGACGAUGUGGUCAAGCAGACGCAAAUGCUUGGUCUGGCGGUGCCCCGCGCCUCGGACGCCGAGAGCCAGAACCACGCGAGUCCCCUCUUUUUUCGCUGGGCGCGCUUCUGUCUCUGGUAUACACGCGGUCUCGUAGCCGGAAGCGUCGACGAGCUCCAAUGGCUCGUGGACGAAGCUGACGACGAGCCGAAGCGCAUGUCGCGCUUAGAAGAGCGUACGCUGCUGCUUCGCGAACGCCUCCAGCAAAUAGAGCAAGCCAAAUAUGACUUUGAAGUGCUGCAGAAGCGGGAGCUCACACGGAUGACGGCGGCCUCGAAAGCUGCGGCGAUCAUGCUGCAGCGGUUGAAACGACCGGUGCCGGUCCCCAAGAUCGUGCUGCCUCCGGAAUUGGUGGCGCUGGAACUUGACUUUUUCCAGCCGAUUGCGCUUCCCGAUGGCACGCGUCUCGAAUUUGUGCCAUGGGAAAGCAUGAGCACCGUCGAGCAAGAGAAAGAGCUCGCGCUCGCCAUGAACGACGUGCGCGUGCGCUUGGAAGCCAUGCGCCACCACAUCAUUUUGCCCGACGAAGUGAGUGCCUUGGCGCUUGACGACGAAGGACUCGUGCGGGAGCGCUGCGCUGCCUUUCUGACGUGGUGGACAACGACCAACAACCCAACGCGCAUGGAGUUUUUGCGGCACGAGGCAAAAGAAGCAGCGGCCGACGAGACGGUCAAAGUCGCCGCAUCGCAAGUGGGCAUUGACGUUGCGUUCUACACGGCGCUGCAGGCUUUUCAUCAGCCGGGCAAACCGCCUCUGCACCGCGAUGCAGACCUCGAAGCGCAUCGUGACGUGUACCACGACUGGUACUUUCAAGUCGCCAACGCCGAGCACUUGGCGCGCGUCGAAUUUCUCAAACAAAAAGUGCUCAAGCUCAAGCGGCAGCUGCGGCUCCAGAUGCUACUGGAGCUCGGGCGGAUGCCACGCCCGCUUUUGUAUGAGAUUGCUCCGGCGCCACGCUUGGCGUUCGACGUCGAUGAAGUGAAAAGCAAGCCCGAGCCCGUUGUGGCGCCGCCGAUCGAAAUUAAAGAGGUCAAACCCGUGCUCGAAGCGCCGGCCAUUGUCGAAGUUCGCGAAAAAAUCGACUACGAUGCCCUCGCCAAGCAACGCAAGGCCAAGGAGCGCCAGCAGUGGGAAGACGAGAUGCUCCUGAGCAACCGCGCGCAAAUGGAGUCGGAAGAUGCGGCGGCGCAGCUCUGGCGGUCCAUGGACGACGAGCAUGAGGACGAGGUGGUCGAGGAGCCGGCGCCCCGCGUCCGCGCCGCCCGCGACUAUACCCAAUCGUACUUCUUUUCGUCGCUACCGAGCGCGCAAGAUGCGUACGCCAUCGCGGGCCUCGGGUGGCGCGCCGGUUGUGGCCUCUACAACGGCGACGAAGAGGCCGAAGUGCGCGAGGUGCGCGAGCUCGAGCGGCUUCGUCAAUUGGAGCUGGACCGCCUCGAUCGGCUUCGCAUUGCGGAAGAAGAGCGGCUGGCGGCGCUCGCCCUCGCCGAGAAAGAGCGCGAAGAGGAGCGCAAGGCCGAGAAGCGCGCGCGCGCCGUCGAGCUCAAGCGCAUUCUCGCGUUUCAAAAAGAACUCGCGACGCAGCGGGAACUCGAGCGGCAACACGCUGCCCGCGAGCGAGAGACGGCCGCCAUGGACGCCGAAGAGCAUCGCGAGCGCCAGCGGCUCGCGGAUCUUGUGCGUGAACGCGCGCUCAUGACCGACGCUGAGGCCGAGACGCGGUUCAUUGCCACUGCAAUAGUCAAGGCGCGUCGGCACGAUGCAGAAACCAUGGCCGCCAACCGCGUUGGCAUGCUCGCCGAGGACGCCCGGUCCCGAGACGCCGCCGCGCAUGCCGUGGCGACCGAGCGCGCGCGCCGUGAGCGCAUCGGGUUUCUAAAGGAGCUCUAUACGCCGUUCGAGCCUUUCUUUGCCGGCGCGGAUGAGGACGACGGCCGGUGUCUCGCACCCGAGCUGCGCCCGACGACCGAACACCGGCGGUAUAUGGACAACUACACCAUGUCCUUUGGUGACGCACUCGUGCUCGAGACACCGGCGGCCGAAGUGUACGCUGCGCAGCCAUCCAAACGCUUCCAGGCGCUCUUAGGUGUCCCCAUCAACUACCGCCGGUUUGCACCGCCGUCGACGCCGUAUGCCAACGUGGCUGCGUCCAUGGAGACGUUGGCGCGGGCGCGCGCCGUUCCCGGUAUUGACGUCGCGACACCUGGCGUCCCGAUGGCCCCGGUGCGAUCCCGGCCCCAUACAACCCUGCCGCCCAGUGGCGAGAUGGAAAUGCCGCUUCGCGCCGUGCACACAUCCGGGUGGAGCCCCGAGCGCAGUGGGACACCGUCCAAGCGCCGCACCAAGUACCGACGGCGACAGACACCGACAGUGCUCUCGGAACUGCCCAUGACGCUUGGUGGGCGCGCCAACAACCAACAGAAUGACGACGUGUUUCGUCAGUCGACAUUGCCACCGCCCUUUUUCAGAGGCAAUUUCACGGUUGUCGGCAAGCAACCCGAGACAACAACGCGGCGCGGUGCCACGCCCAAGAGCGUUCUCUCCAAAGCAAGUAGUGGUGACGACGACCCGCAGGCGUUUGCCAUGUUGCCGACCGACUAAAACCUUCUUGGGAAUCGAGUCGAUAGCUCCCUCGUCGCUUUCGAGCUAGCAACAAUUCUCGAUGCGCUGAAGAAAAGCGGUGGUUUGCAGUGACCAGCUGUGCC